CAGGAACGUCGUUUGGUUUAGUGCCAUUGUUAUGCUUUCGGGAAUAUGCGUGUGCACAUUUGGCUACAGAAUGGCCUCAGGCCAACUUUUGGAGGUGGCCAAUAAGAGAAAGGUCGAUGGCAUCGAUAUUAUGGAGAGCUUGGCAUUUCGGCUACGGAGUAUUGGCUGUACACUUUGUCUUGACAGCUGUUUUGGCGGCUGCAAUGCAUCUUCACGAUGCAAUCGUGUCGGAUGGCAGAGGUGUAACUUCCCCACUGCCGGCCAAAUGUGAGUGCUGCAUCCUUGGCUACCGCCAAAGCGAGAGCGACUUUGUCGUGAUCACACCACCUCUGCCAUACACGCCGCCAAGGAAACACCGGAACUACGCUAUGGAACCCCUUGAGCAAUCGAGCCCUGUAGGUCAAUUGAAGUCAAUUAUUUGCUCCUUUUCUGCGCUCAAGCAACACGAGCGGCUAUUUCUCCCUCGAAUUCAUGUUGGCAAAAAGCUCGUCAACUCGUCGCACGAUUUUCGGCGGCUACUUGGCACAAUGCACGCUGAGGAGGACACAGAUUCAGCACAGCAUAUUUUUUCUUGUCUUGCUCGACCCUGUCACCUGCGUGAUGCCGCGGGCGCAAUCGCGGACUGGCUUAAUUACUCUGUCCCGCAUAUGAAUUCAUGCAAGUGUUCGAGUCCGAGGCCGACCGCUACGCCUGAUCCGGAUUACGGUCCAAUCUCCUGUGCAUAUUUUCUCCAUGGGACCGGACGCUGGCUUCGUGGCAGUCGCUUACUGAAGAAUUUGGAAAGCAUAUUGUCAGACUUGUCUCCUACCCUUUCUCGCGUGACGAUUGCGUGCGUCCGCUAUCGUGAAGACCCAGCGGAAUUCUAACCUUCUUUUGUGCUAAUCGACGGCAAGCAGUCGGGUCAUCCGACCGAGCUGGGAUCGACUUGACCGCAGAAAUCAUGAUUUCUAGAGUCUUAUGGUGUUCCUAUCCUAAUUGCAUAUUUCGUGGCAGUCAAUAUUGAUUGACCAACUCUGCCGCUAACAACAACGUUGCUGGCCGGAAGCCAAAAGUCUCGGCGCUAUCCUGCGUCUUCAACGCUGAGCUGGCCAACGCGCAAGCUGAUAAACA